AUGGGUGAGUUCAAGGUGCACCGUGUUCGGUUCUUCGACUACAUGCCCACUGCUAUCAGAGCCAUGGCGUUUAACAGCCGCACCGAGCGACUUGCUCUGGCCCGGGCUGAUGGAGCUCUGGAGAUCUUCAACUUCGCUGACAACUACUUCCAAGAAAAGGUCAUCCCAGGACAUGACAGCAGGGCUGUUGAGGCUCUGUGUUGGGUGGGCCAGCGUCUGUUCAGUGCUGGUUUGAAUGGAGAGAUCACAGAGUAUGACCUGGAGAACCUGAGGCCCAGGUACACCGUGGAGGCCUAUGGAGGACCAAUCUGGACCAUCAGUAGCAACAGCCAAGGAACACUGCUAGCGGUCGGUUGUGAGGACGGGACAGUAAAGAUGUUUGAAGUACUGGAAGAGAGAAUUCAGUUUCAAAGAAACCUCGACAGGCAAAAAGGUCGUAUUAUAUCUCUCUCCUGGCAUCCCUCUGGUACACUGAUUGCUGCUGGUAUGAUGGACAUGAUCAGAAUCUUUGAUGCCGAGACAGGCCGUGCCACACACAGACUGCUGGUCGAAAGAGGUGUCGGAGCAUCCAAGAGCAAAGAGGUUGUGGUGUGGAGCAUCGUCUUCCUGUCUGACCACACCAUCGUUAGCGGUGACUCUGCUGGAAAGGUCCAGAUCUGGGAUGGAAUCACGGGAACUCUGGUCAGAACUCAAUUGGUCACCAAGUGGGACGUUCUGGCUCUGUCUGUUUCAAAGGAUGAGAGCAGUCUGGUAGCUGGGACUUCAGAGGGCACGGUCGUCCAGUUUCAGUUCAUCUCCUCUACUGUCGAUCAGCAGGAUAAGGAAUGGGUCCGAACUAGGACCUUUAAAAACCACUCGCAUGAUGUGAGGGCGCUCGUCCACACCGAAACCGCUGUGGUUUCUGGAGGUAUGGAUACCCAGUUGGUAGUGCGACCACUCUUGGACAAGGUAGAGAAAAACACCCAGGAAUCUGCGCUGCGCAAGAUGACUUUCCCACACAGAAGCCUGGUCUGUUGUGCAAAGAAAGCAGGACUGUUGCUCUUCCAGUUCCCUGAUCAUUUAGAGCUCUGGAGACUAGGGGAGAGCGAUGGACAUGGGAAGCCUGGUGACAGUCUUCCAUUGAAGAGAAAACCAGAGAAACUGAUCCAGCUGAAGAGGAAGGGAGAGGAUCACAUCUGCAGUGCUUUGUCUCCAUGCGGCGGCUGGCUGGCAUUCACUAUCACCAGUUUCCGUCUUUACAGAUUACAGAACAACAACAUCAGCAUCACCAAGGUGUCCAAACUACCCAAGGACAUUUGCCCGGCCCACCAGCUCUGCUUCUCCCCCGACUCCUCCAAACUCUUUGCUUCCUCCAGCCAAUCUUCAGUCAUCGUUGUUGCCCUCAAACAGCUGGAGUGCAAAUACCUUCAUACCCUCAAACCCAAGUCAGCCUCCAGACAGCCAGUCCACCUGCUGUUUGCCAGUGAGGAUGGCAAAUGGCUCGCUACAGCAAACACAGACUGUGAGAUCCACGUCUACAACCUUGAAAAGCUAAAGCUUCAUUGUACAGUUCCAGUGUACAGCUCAUGUCCCACUGCCAUAGCCAUCCACCCAACAACCAGCAACCUUGUUGCGGUGCAUGCUGACCAGCAGAUAUUUGAGUUCUCUCUGGUGCACAAGGAGUACACGGAGUGGAGUCGGAAGCUGCAGAAACAAGGACUGCACUCUCUGUGGUUGGAGAGGGACACACCCAUCACCCAUGUCACCUUCAAUCCAAAAAAUCCAGCUCACAUCAUUCUGCACGACAUGUUCAUGUUCUGCAUCAUUGACCAAAGUCUGCCCCUCCCUGAAGCAAAGACUCCGUUCUACAAUCAGAUGACACUGAGGAGUCUUCCUGAGCCACAGAGGAUGGUACAUAGCCACGCCUUCAAGAUAUGCAAGAAUUUCCAGCAUCUCAUGUGUGUGAGCUUAUUGGAGGACCAGUCUCUGGUGGUAGUGGAGCGGCCCCUGCUGAACAUCAUGGCUCAGCUGCCUGCACCUGUCCGGCAGAAGAAGUUUGCUACAUAAAUGAAGUGAAGGUGUCUCCGCUGGAAUGUUCAUGUCAGAGGAAAGGAUUGUUACCGCAAUGUGACUCUUGCAUCUAAAAUCAUUUUCAACAAGUGUGUAUGUGUCCCUUUUGUAAAAAACUAAAAACAAAUGCUUUGAUAAAGUAAUAAAUUAAAC